UCUAAUUAUAUCUAUCUACGAUAAAAACUUCCAGGGAUAAUUUAAUAUUGUAUUUUUCUUAUGUAUUUCUCAUAGUGUUCAGAAAAUAAGACGAAUUCUCAUUCUAUAAAUUUGUUUCAUUUUCCAAUUGUUAUUGCAUAUAAACAAAAAAAGAAAUCAGUGUGUUUUUAUGUCUUAAAACAAAGUUCUUAAUUAAAAACAUAGGUAAAAUAGCGUAUUAUAAAUGAGAAAAUACAAUCAUCUAGUCUGUUUUAAAAUUUUCUAAAUUCGAAAUAAACUUGAAUUUAAAAUAUAUUGUUUAUUUCAGUUUUUAAACUCUAUUCAUUAGUAGUGUUGUAUAAUUUUAUUCAAAUAUUUAAAAUUGAUGUAAGAAGUUUUCUUUUCUUUUUUAAGAGAACGACAAGGACGUGAAAUCGAUGAACUCAAAGGACGCAUUACAAAAUUUGAAUCAGACAAUCAAGAAUUAAAACAAAUGAUUACUAAAUUAAAAGCUAUUGCAAUCAAAUAUCGAGCAAAUGCUGCUGCUGCAACCGCAACUGCAGCUGCAACAAAUCCUACUACUACUACUGGUGCUACUACAUCAGCGCCAACGGCUGAUGCAGAUGAAUUAUUAACCGGUGGAACAACAGAAGUUCCACCUCCUAGUGAAAUUCCAUUGGAAACAAAUAAAAAUCGUCCAUUACCAGUUGAUUUAACCGAAAAAAUGAAUAAACUUCGUGAUGCUCUUGUUAUGGCACGUACAACAAUAACAGCUCAACAAAGUCGUAUGACACAAAUGACAAAUGAAUUAGCACGUGCAAAACAAACUCGUAUAUCAAAUGAUCUUACGGAAGCUCAUACUCUUAUUGAAAGUAUUCGACAAAUUUAUGAAGCUGAAAUAAAUGAUCUUAAACAUAUUAUACAAUUAUUUGAUAAUAUUGAUUCAAAUGAACAUAUGGCAGAAAUAUUGCGUUUAAGAAAAAGAAUUGAUGAAUUAACAACAAAUAAAUCAUCAACAUCAUCAAGUUCGAAUACAUCAUCAACUACUAAACAAUCAGAAGAUGUCACAUCUAAAUCACUUCGACCACAAGCAUUUGCUGCACCAAUGACACAAGAACCAGUUAUUUCUCGUGUUGUACCAAUGGCUCCAUCAAGUGGUCGUCAAAUCGGUGUCGCUAUACCUAUGACAGCAUCGACUACAUCAACAACUACAAGUGCAUCACUUUGGACAGGUGCAAAUACAACUGAAACAACUACUGCACCGACAACUGUAGUUGACCAUCCGACACCACAAAUAACAACAGCAGCUGGUACUAACUUAUUAAUGAAACGUACAAGAGCUGAUGAUAAUGAUCAUAAAUCAACAGAAUCAACGCUUAAGCGAUCGAAACCAGAAACUGAAACAACUCCAUUAAUUGCUCAUGUUGAACCACAAGUACGUGAACAACAAAUAAUUCCUAUUCAAACAUCAACUGACAAUGAAGGAAUCAAUUCAUCUGUUGAAGAAACAAUCUCAACAGAUCAAACAAUCGAUACUGAAUCUCGAUCAAAUACUGUUAAUACUUUAUCAACAAGUGUUGUUACAGUUGGUGAUACAACAAUAACAACAACAACAACAACAGAAUCAACUAAUAUAACUACUGUUGAACAAACAAGUGAUCAACGUCGUGGUGAUAUUUUACCGAUUGUUUAUGAUGUGCAAUCAAUUCCAACAAUUGGUAGUGGUGUAUCACCACAAAUAAUUCGUGGUGGUAUAGGUCGACAACGUCCUUUUAUGAGUAUUUCUGCUACUCGUCGACUAUGGUCUGUACGAGGUGGUCCUGGUGGUGGAAGAGGAAGUUUAGGUGGACGUGGAGCCGGUGGUGUUGGACCAUCAGCUCGUCAAUAA